AUGAGUAAUCAAAUGGAAAAUUGCGGCACUUCAGUAAAUAGACUGCCCAAGGAAAUUGAAUGUAGUCCAAUUGUUAGUGAAAGAUCAGACGAACAGGCUAUACUAUUAGAUUCCUCGUCCGAAUAUAUUCCUUCUAAACAAGAAGAUUUUACCUUCUCCUUUCAAAAGGAAGCUGACAAACUUCUGAAGAAUUUAGACCUUAUAUUAGAAAUUGGCUCGGAAGAGAUCAAGAAAGGUGCUAUCAGGAUGAAGCUAAAUUUCGAGUAUGGGAGACUUCCAGUAGUCCUGAGAAGGGGUAAAACUCACACAACUACGGUGGGCAUCUGUUUGUUGCCCGCUUUAUGGUCUGCUUGUCCGUUGUGGUCUGCUAUGCAGUAUGGGAGACUUCCAGUAGUCCUGAGAAAGGGUAAAACUCACACAACUACGAGUUAUCGCGAGAAUUAUAAAGAUGUUAGAGCAUUUUGGAGUAAACUUGAAAAUGAUCUUGCCGAUUUAGCAAUCGAAUCUAAAAGACAAGAAUUACGUUUAGCUGAGAUAGGUGCUGCCUGUUUCGUGAUGAAAAAUACUACAACUGUUCUUCAAACUGCUAUUGGUAGGGUUGACACAACACUGUCCGAUGCCACAUAUUAUACGAUGACACCUGUGCCGGUGCGUCAUAAUUUACCAACGGAAUUACUGAAAGAGAAAGUGAUCUAUGAAACUCCCGUAUAUAGGCAAUUUGAAUCAAGUCCCUUCAUUUCCUAUUCACAAGGUAGAAAACAUGAGCGUGAGCCUGAAGAGGAAGAUGAUACUGAAGAAGAAUACAAUGCGGACGAAACCAUUAUUGAAAUCGGAAAUGUUUCUUGGAUUGUUAAUAGACACGAUAUUCGAAAAAAGUUAACAGAAUAUCAACUGGAAAGAAAUCCGCCGAAAUCAAAACCUGACGAGGAAGAAAAAGAAAUGCAAAAUGAACAGGAGAUCAAAUCGUUAUUAAGUAAAAUUAUAGUGCGUGAUAUUAACAAGACUAAAAAUGCACUUCAAUCAUAUAAAAAUUACAAUAAUUCUUUUGAAAGAGUUUUCACACUGAAUUUCAUAGACCACAUGAUAAAAUUGAUUGAAGGGACAAAUUUGCUUUUAGAACCGAUAUCUGAGGAAACCUACAUUGUUAGUGUUCUAGGUCCAAUUUUGGAUCAAAUUUUUAUAAAACAUAAAGGGGAUUGGCGUACAAAAUAUGGGGAGACUUGCCUUAAGGCAAGCGCUAAAGAAUGUAAUGCUCAAAAGGAGGAUGAUAACCGCAGAUCUCCCAGAAAAAAAAUAGAUGCAAUCAUUAUUCUGAAAGAGAAAGAUGAAGAAUUUUCUGUCAUCGAAGUCAGUGGGCCUCCGUUAAAAUCCGAUUGGACUUAUUUCAAAGGAAAUCGAAUGAAGAUCGUAAAAAUGCUGAAGACAUUAAUGAAUCGACUGGUAAAACUUCGCCCGAAUUUAAAUAUUAGAAUGCUUAAACUUUACGCCAUGCAAUCGUAUUUAAAUCAGUUGACUAUCUAUGAAUUCCGUCUCAAAUAUGCUGAAGUGUACACAAUGGUGAAAGUAUUGAAAAUUUCCUUUUCGAAAUCAUGGAAAGAUAUGAAAGAGUCAUAUGAAAUAGUGACGGGUCUUUUAAAAUACGAG